ACAACACAACCAAAAUCAACUCACAAACCGCGUGCUUUUACAGAAGAGAGAUAAUGGAGGUAGAGAGAGACUCAGUGAAACUGAGCCUGAGCAAUGAGCUAACAAAAACAGCUCAAUCACUAUCCAUGGAAUCCCACAAACAAAACAAACCUUUCAUCACAAACCUCAACAAGAAACCAUCAAUGGAGGUUGCUAUCUUCGCAUUUCCAGGAUCGUGGGAAGUCAGCGACUGGUACCAUGAUGAUCGUUUUGGAGAAACCGAGGUUGAUCGUAACCUCUUCAAGUCCAUGUGCCGGAUCGGAGAGAAUCGACCCGCUAAAGUCAACGCGGCGUUUCUUAAAAGAUUUCAAGAUCUUUUAAACGAGUCCACCUUCAAAUCGGAGGUAGAGAAAGCUGUGAACACAAAUAAGAAGAUUUUGUUCACAGGGCAUUCGUAUGGUGGUGCGAUAGCAAGUUUUGCCACACUUUGGUUACUUGAUGAGUACGUAAAAAAUCGCGGUAAAAAAUUCCCAAUCGGAUGCGUAACUUUCGGGUCACCUCUGAUUGGUGAUCGGACCCUCUCCCACGCGGUCCGGCGUGAGAAAUGGGCGGGUCAUUUUACCCAUUUUGUCAUGGAACACGACGUUGUCCCUCGUAUCAUGCUAUCUCCUAAGAUAUCAAUUCAACAACAUGUACCUAGUAUUCUCAAAUUCUUCCAACAACAAGUCAACGCCAUUGAUGAUAAGCCCCACAAAAGUCGAAAGUUGAUCUUCAGCAAAUCGGGUCCGGGAAAACGGACGGCGGAAGAUCGGUCGAUAGGAGACGAUGAAGGUGUUGAGUUCUUUGAGAAUGUAAUAAUAAAUGCAUCAGCAGUUGCAAGUCAUGUUGCAUUUGAGCUAAUGGAACCUACAAAUUCUCUAAUGGAGAAGCUAUCCGUUGACUUUGUAAAAGUUUCUCCGUAUAGACCAUCGGGUUUUUACGUUUUCUGCACUAGCCAUUCUCAACAGUUUCGGGUGGAAAACCCGAAUGCUGUUCUACAGUUACUGUUUUAUUUCUUGCAAUUAACCGACGAAAGUCAAAAUCUGGUUGAUUUUUCGUCGAAAAGUUUCAAUGAAAGUUUUAGUUAUGAAGAACAAGUGAAGAACGUGUUACAGCUGGAAAACUUGAUCGACCUGAAAGACCUCAACGACCACUUGUUGACUCCUAAUGGUACUGCAGGCGAUGCGGUUCGUACAAGUAACGAAGCUCUAUUUCAACUGAGUGCAAGUGCAAGAUGCUGUUUAAUAGCUGCUGAAGAGGCGGAGAAUAGGAAGAAAGAAAACGAGAAGAUGAUCGAUAAGUCGAUGAAAAAAUACGCAACACCGGAAGAGAAGAAAAAGAAAAGAAAUCGAACUGAGCUUAAGUUCAUCGAGGAAAUUCUGGAUGAACUCCGUGAGUAUAAAAAAAAUCACACUGAUUACUACGAAGCCUUCAAGCUUCAAAAGGAGCACGACGUCGACUUCUUGGUUAACGUAGACAGGCUGAAGCUGGCUAAAAUAUUUGACGAAAUUGUGGAGAUGGUGAUGCGCGAUGAUCUUCCUGAUGAAUUUGAAGGUCGGGAGGAGUGGGUGAAGGUAGGGACGGAGUUCAGGCGACUGUUUGAGCCUUUAGAUAUCGGAAAUUAUUAUCGCCACUCAAAAGGAGAUGAUAACAAUAAAGUUUAUUUGGAUGUUAGACCAAAAAGGUACAAGUUUACACAGCGAUGGUAUGAACAUGCAAAUGGGAUGGGGUUUGAGUUGGUUUCAGAGACUAAUUUUGUUGCACUGCUUGAAGAAAUUAAGAAGGAGGUGGAGGAGACUAAGAAGAAGCCGAUUGAUAUGGUUAAAGAGGAAUUCAAGAGUCUGGAGAAACAAGUUCACAACUGGAUUUCUGAUCACAAAAUACGAAACGAUGAUGAUGAUGAUGAUGAUGUGUUUUGGGGAGAAUGUUUUUUCUCUGUGUUGCGGGGAAAACUAGGAUAAACACCACACUUACACCCACACCCAUGAAAAAGGAAGAAAAUGUACAUAAUCUUAACCUUUCCAUAUGAUUACUUAAUAAGGGUAACUGGGUGAGUGUAAUAUGUGAGUGAGUGUGAAUGUGUUUGAUAUUUUAUGAAUAGUAUCCUUGCUAUAAUUGAUUUACGCUUUUUAAGUUAUACUUUUACAUGAGUUUGAGCUUUUUUUUAAGAUUUUUAUUAUGAUAAUAAUAUUUGAGACAUUUUGUGAUGGAA